CUAACCUACCCUCUUAUUCCAUCCUCCAUUUCUUUAAAAAAAAGCCUUUAUCCCUCUCCGUCUCUGUCCAUGGAUUCAAUCACCUUAGCUCUCCACCAUUAUCUCAAUCACCCCACCAUCCUCCACUUCACUUGGUCCCCUCCUCUCACCUUCGCCUCCUCUCCCCAUUUUCUCAUCUCCGCUAUCCUUACCUACCUCUCUCUCACCUUCCUCCUUUUCCUCUGCUUCCCCCUCCUCUCCCUCCCUCCUCGCCUCCUCAAACCCAUCUCCGCCUUCCACAGCCUCCUCCUUCUCCUCCUCUCACUCAUACUCGCCGUCGGUUGCACCUUUUCCAUCAUCUUCCACACUUCCCACCUCCGCUACAUCGUCUGCUUUCCCCCUGGCACCCCACCCUCCGGCCCCCUCUUCUUCUGGGCCCACCUUUUUUAUCUCUCCAAAAUCCUCGAAUUCUUUGAUACCCUUUUGAUCGUUUUAAGUAAUUCCAUCCGACGGCUCACGUUCCUCCACGUCUACCAUCACGCAACGGUUGUGAUCAUGUGUUAUUUGUGGCUGAACACUUCGCAGUCUUUGUUUCCUAUUGCUCUUGUUAGUAAUGCGAGCGUACAUGUGAUAAUGUACUUAUACUAUUUUUUGUGCGCCAUGGGGAUGCGGCCCACGUGGAAGAGAUUGGUGACGCAUUGCCAGAUUGUGCAGUUUGUGUUUAGUUUUUGUGUUUCGGUUUUGAUGCUGUGGUAUUAUUUUACAGAAUUAGGGUGCUCCGGGAUCUGGGGUUGGUGCUUCAAUGCUAUUUUUAAUGCUUCCCUUUUAGCUCUUUUUGUGGACUUUCAUGGGAAGAAUUAUCACAAGAAAAGUAGAGAUGGUAAACGGCUGUGAUUUUUUUUUUUUAAAUUUUUCUGUUUCGUUUCUUGUUUGUGGACGGUUCUUAUUAAUUGCUUAGUGUUGAUGUAGUGUUAAGGUGAUUCUAGAAUUAUUUCAAUAUUUUCAUGUACCGAAUACAUCUGUCUUUAAUUUUUGGAAGUGAUAUAUGUAUAAGGUUUUGUAGGCU